UAAAAGUCACACUAAUGGGCCACACCUUAUUAUUUAUGAACGAAGAAGCAAGGAACUCAUGUGAGAAUGGCUGCGUUGGGGCAAAGAAAGAGAGAAAAUAGAUCACCAUCAUCAUCAUCAAGAGGCCUUGUUGAUCAUCUGGGACGACGAUGACGGUGACGAUGAUCCGACGGCCACGAUCGCAUCGGCAGCAAUGGUCCUAAUUUCCUGCCUGUGUACUCUCCGCAGACGAUACCUCCUCCUCGCCCUCUGCUGCCCUUUCCUCCUCCCUUUCCUCUGCGCCACCUUCCCCAUCCUCUGCGCCGCCGAAGUCUGCAUCCGCCUCUUCCGCCUCCUCCGGCGGCGGCGGCGCAGCCUCCUGAAAUCAACUACUCCGGCCGAAUACCACGGCGGCAGUGAUGGCGGUGAAGUGAGGCUGUUGCAGAGAUAUCUAGAAGAUCAAUUGCUUCUUGUGAUUGGAUCUGUAUACGAUUGUGGUGAUGAUGAUGAUGACUGUAUUGGUGACUUGUUAGAAAGUGGUGUUGAAUUUUUUUGAUACUACGACUCCAAUUUGAUGAUAGAUCUGUUCGGUUUGGUGGUACUUGUUUCUCUCUUUACUGUACAUAAAUUCUCAAUUUGACUGUGAAAUUUGAAGUUUUGUUGUUUGAUUGA